GGCCGGUAUGGAGCUUGCAGAGGCGCGGCUAGGACUAGUGUGUGGCCGCGCGGCCCCGGUGGCAGCCCCAAUUCCCUCCAGCCGCUGCUCCCUGCUCCGGGUCCCCGACCCCUAGACGCCUCUUCCCGCGCUUAUUCCUCCCUUUAUGGAUUCACUGCGGACCAGACAGAUGCUGAGCUUGUCCGCCGAGCUCGCCAGCAACAACUUAGAGCUGGCUGAGUCGGCGGCAUCAGUGACCCGUGUAGACACGGGCCACCUGGAGGCUGUUACAGAAGGUCCCGCACCUCUAUCGACGCGGGAGACGGAGCGAGAGCAGCCUACAACGGCCUCGACGCCGGAGUGCAAAGUCCUGCUCUCACAGGCCGAUGCCCUGGCGUCCCGGGGGCGCCUCGGGGAAGCCCUUGAGGUGUACAGACAGCUGUCGGAGCGGCAGCAGCUGGUGGCCGAGCAACUGGAGCAGCUGGUGCGCUGCCUGGCCGAGAACGUCCCGCGAGUAGAGGUGCUGUCUCCAGUGCCCGCGGACCGGAGCAGCGCGGCGAGCUUCGUGGUGGUGGCGGAAGAAGCAGGGAUGGCAAGGGCUGCCGAGGCCACCGAGGUGUGGGAUGGCUUCAAGUGCCGGAAGUGCCAUGGAUUUCUGUCGGACCCCGUGUCCUUGUCAUGCGGCCACACCUUUUGUAAACUGUGCCUGGAACGCGGGCGGGCAGCCGACCGGCGCUGUGCGUUGUGCGGAGUCAAGCUCUCCGCGUUGAUGGUGGCCACCGGGUGGGCGCGCGGAACCCGGAGGGCUGGGCAACAGGCGCCACCGCCGCCGCUGCGGGUCAAUGUGGUGCUCAGCUGUCUCCUUGGCAAGUUGUUCCCUGGUCCCGCACGGGCGUCGCAACUCCGGCACGAGGGCAAUCGGCUGUACCGCGAGCGCCAGGUGGAGGCGGCACUACUCAAGUACAACGAGGCAGUCAGACUAGCUCCGAAUGACCACUUGCUUUAUAGCAACCGGUCUCAAAUUUAUUUCACCUUGGAGUCUCAUGAGGACGCACUGCAAGAUGCAGAAAUAGCAUGUAAGCUCCGCCCAAUGGGUUUUAAGGCACACUUCAGAAAAGCACAAGCCUUAGCCACCCUAGGCAAAGUGGAGGAAGCACUAAGGGAGUUUCUAUACUGUGUGUCCCUGGAUGGAAAGAACAAAAGAGCAAAAUCUGAAGCCCAAAGGCUUCUCCUUAGUUUCUUUUCACCAUCAGUCCCGGGAGAUUCUCAGGAACAUUCUCCCGAUAUCCUGAAGCUGUUGGCACCUCACCCUAGAUUAAAGGAACACGUAGAGUCAAUGGCUACUGAAGGCACCAGCCAUAAUCUACCAAAGUUGUCACAGGAGAAUCUGGAGCCCCCACAUUGUUCUAGUCAGGAGGAAGCGGCAACCAGUGGGGACUACAACACCCUGAUGAACCCAGUGAAAGUAGAGAGUGAUGGGCAAGAAGGCAAUAUGAAAGACCAGGAAGGAAGAGAGGAGGAGAGGUACACUGCCUCUCCAGAAGCUGCCUCUAUCAAGACUGGCAAAUGCCAGGAAAAGAAAAGAAAACAUUAUCAGGUUGAAUCUCAACACCCAGAGGUGUCCAAUAAAGCCUCUAAGCCAGAUCCUUCUGCUGAUCUGGGGGCCAAGCCUGCUCUCCGUGUACCCCUAGCAUCUUUUGAUGCAUCUGACCUUGAAUGCUCCCUAUGUAUGAGAUUAUUCUAUGAGCCAGUCACAACACCUUGUGGACACACAUUUUGCUUAAAAUGCCUUGAAAGGUGCCUAGAUCACAAUGCGAAGUGUCCCCUGUGCAAAGAUGGUCUUUCACAGUGCUUGGCAUCAAGAAAAUACAGCAAAAAUGUCAUAAUGGAAGAGCUAAUAGCUAAAUUCCUUCCAGAAGAACUCAAGGAACGAAGGAGGCUUUAUGAAGAGGAAAUGGAAGAACUUUCUAACUUAAAUAAGAAUGUGCCUAUUUUCGUGUGUACUAUGGCCUAUCCCACCGUUCCUUGUCCCCUGCACAUAUUUGAGCCUUGUUACCGUCUGAUGAUUCGUAGAUGCAUUGAGACAGGCACAAGACAGUUUGGCAUGUGCCUUGGAGAUCCAGUCAAAGGGUUUGCAGAAUAUGGCUGCAUCCUAGAGAUCAGAAAUGUUCAGUUCUUUGCCGAUGGCCGCUCAGUGGUUGACAGCAUAGGCAAGAGGCGCUUCAGGGUCCUCCAUCAGGGCCAGCGGGAUGGUUACAACACAGCUGAUAUUGAAUACAUUGAAGACCAAAAGGUUCAAGGAGAAGAUUGUGCUGAGCUCAUGGGAUUACAUAACUGUGUCUAUGAACAAGCGUCAUCAUGGUUUCAUUCACUCAAAUCAUCUCUGAAGAAUAGGAUACUCAAUCACUUUGGUCCAAUGCCAGAGAAAGAUGUGGAUCCCCAGAUUAACCCAAAUGGGCCAGCCUGGUGCUGGUGGACAUUAGCAGUUCUUCCAUUGGAAAGCCGAGCUCAGCUCCCAUUCCUAGCAAUGAGGUCCUUAAAGGAUAGACUGAACGGUAUUCGGCGUGUCCUGGCCUUUAUAUCUCGAAACCAAAACUAGUGAGAAUGGAUUGAUGAAGAGGAACUUUCACUCUCUCCAUCGCCUAGGGGAGUCAUCUUGUAAAUAUAUCUAAUUGCAAUAACAUCUUAACAGUAGGAAGUGUCAAACAGAGGCAUUACCCUGCUGUUGAUUACAGAGAGAAACUGGGUAGAAAGACAAAAGAAUGUGACCUGUUAAAAACUUUCUAUGUUAAACUACUUCUUGACAUGCUGCACAAGUACAAGCACAGCAGAGGUGUUCAAGAGCCCAGAAAGAAAUUGCUUUUGACAUAAAAUUUUCUGAAAGUUUAAAGUGAUUUUGCUUUAAUUCUUUUUCUUUCAUCGGUGAAUGACUGUGUGAUUGAAAUGUGAAGCAAAGAUACUAAUAAUGUUGCUGCAUUGUUUCACUGACUUGAGAUUCUAUUCCAAAUACUUCAGAUUUUUAUAAAGCAUUGUGUAAAAUAAUAUUUAUACUCCUUUCUGUUUUAAUAAUUUAUUUUUUGCAAUGCUGUGUCCUUUUAUCUACAUGUAUGUUUGUAACUAUUUAUGUGUACAUUACUGAAUUCAGUUGCUUUAUUUAUUGAUGUAGUUAACCAUGUAACCAGAGGGAAGUAACAGUAGUAGAAAUGUGCCAUUUUUGCUUUAAUAAUUUUUUACUACGUUUGAUCCCAGUUGAACUAUUUUUGUAUCUAUCCAAUUGGAUGCUUAAAGGAAGUUCAGAAUCAUGCUAAGAUCAUGUAUUUUCACAGAUUCCCCCCCCCUUUUU